AACUUGGGCUCAGUCGUUCUCCUCUCAGGCAGGCAGUGGAGUGAGCUUUCCGUGGAAGUGCAUCUCGUGUUUCCUGUUGGACAGUAUUAUUCUGGAUGUAAUUUAACCAUUCGCAGAUAAAAGGAAAUUCGGGUACCGCUGCGAGGAAGAAAAAGUAAAAUGGAAUAAGAUAAUGUACUACAGUUGUUGAUUUUUUCUCUCUGGAAAAGAAUGCCGUGUUAUCGUAAUGAAUGUGUUCAUUAAAGAGGAAAUGGAAACACCGCCAUUGUCGUGAUUCUUAUAUCGGAACAAAGAGAGACGUAAUUACAAACGGCACAACGUUCUGUAUUGCUGCGCAACGUGAUCUGAUAGUAAUUUGGAAACCAAUAUAUGGGACUUGGAACAUCCCGAAAAAAUAGUUGUCGUGUUUCAUCCCGCUGCGAGGCUGCGAGUAUUGAGUGACAGCUGUAGGAUAUUGGAUUUCUUCAGUUUUUGGGAAUCGAGACAGAAAAGAGAGUCCUUAAUUAGCUUACAGAACGGACAGUUAUAUAAUAUAAACCACUCUUCAGUCAGCGGAGGUACAUUUAGUAUCGAAUGUAGUUAGUUCUCCAAGAUAAUAAUCAAAUAGUGAAAGGAAAUUUUUACACAAUUGUGAUUUCCGUGAUGAUGGAACUAACCCCCUAAAUAAUGGAAGGAGGGAAAUUAAAGCCCCGGAUUACAGCCGUGUUCCUAGUCACCUCCCUUGUUUUGUUGGACCAGUGCCAUUGCGAAGAGAAUCCCUUGAUUCACAGCGAGGAUCAGCAGGAAGCUCUAUACCGGAAGCAGUUGGAAUGCAUCGGACUAAUCGCCGCAGAACGUCAAAAUGCGUCACUACUUAACGGCACCCACUGCACGAGGACCUGGGACAGCAUCACGUGCUGGCCCCCUACCCCGGCCGGACAGUUGGCGAUACAGCCCUGCCCUAGCCACAUCAAACACAUCGAUACGACGAAGAACGCUUCACGACAGUGCAGUGAGGACGGGACCUGGUUUAUAAAUCCGUUUAACAACAAGACGUGGAGUAAUUUUACCCAGUGUGGAUAUCUAUCACAAACGUCCGACAACUCCCGCUCAGUUCCGGCGCUGAUUGAACAACAUGCGGAUUCGGUCCGCCUGAUGUACAACAUUGGUUAUGGUCUCUCACUGGCUUCAUUAGUGAUAGCGGUGAUCAUCAUGAUCUACUUCCGGAAGCUCCACUGCGCCCGGAACGCCAUCCACAUUAACCUGUUUGUGUCUUUUAUCCUGCGUGCCGUUGUGUCUUUUAUCAGGGAGAACCUUCUGGUGGAGUUUGUGGGGUUUCCCGGUGACGUGUAUUAUGAACACGGCCAGAUUAAAUUUAGAAAUGACGUCACUCACUGGGAAUGCCGGUUGUUUUUCACGCUGUAUAACUACACUCUGGCCGCCAGUUACAUGUGGAUAUUUGUUGAGGCUCUCUAUUUACAGAUUCUUAUUUCUGUUUCCGUUUUCACGGAGAAAAAUCGUACAAAAUGGUUCAUGGUACUAGGAUGGUUGUUUCCACUGAGUUUCAUACUACCAUGGGUUCUGGUCCGGAUAUUUGAAUUCAAUAAGCUCUGUUGGAAUACAAACCCGAACAAAUUACUCAUGUUUAUCAUCUACGGCCCAAUAACAGCCACAGUUCUGGUACAAUUCAUCAUAUUUAUCAACAUCGUACGAGUAUUAUUCACCAAACUUCAUGCCUCAUCCGGGCAUCAAACAAACAGCUUCCGGUACAGUCAUAUUGACGGUCACAUGAUCAGGCGCUUGGCUAAAUCGACCCUGAUCCUUAUUCCGUUGUUUGGGGUGUACUAUAUCAUCUACUCUAUAAACUUUUUGAUGACGACAUUCGGUUACCUGGACGAGACCUCGAUGAUGUACUUAAUUCUGUGGUGGUCAGAACUUUUCUUUAAUUCGUUCCAGGGCUUCAUUCUGGCAAUGCUUUUCUGUUUCUUGAACGCUGAGGUGCAAGCGGAAUUAAAGAAAGUGUGGCACAGACAUGUAAUCAACCGGACCGGAAGUGUUAGAACGACACGCACAUUUCUGUCGCGAACUCGAAAUUCGGUGAAGCAACCUUCGCAAUCCAAUGGAAAUGCACUGGUUCAUAGUGACGUCAACGAUCCUAAAGACCAAUCAGAUGCAACGUUGCUAAAUUCUCUUCAGAUGGAGACUAAUUGUGAUAACGAGACUCAGGGGAGGGUGUUCGAUACUGAGAUUGUGGAGGAUGAAACAUCUCCAUGUGUGAAUAAUAACCGAACAGUAGGCGGUGAUAAAAAUAACGGGUCGUGUACAAAAGUCACUUACAAGUCAGAAAUAUCGUGAUUCAAGUGUGCACAUGGAAUUUGGUGACAACAAACAAGAUGAUUGUGACCUGAAUUGUACAACAUACAUUACCAUCUUGUGACAUUGUGAUUCAUUUCGCAGUGGUGGAUCUAGAGGGACAGGGCGUUACGGGGGUUCAAGCCUUCCCUACUUACGUUGAAAUUUUAGCAAGAAAGAGUCAUACUCUGCUAAUUUGGGUUAGAAAAAAUCACCUCUCUUUUUGAGUUUGCAACACACACAGCUUUUGAAAGAACCCUGGAUCCGCCACUGUCUUUGGGAGAUUGGUUUUCAAGGAAUAUUGAAAUCUGAAAAUAUAUUUAGUAGUCGAAAUCAUGAAUAAAAACUAUUUUGGCCAACA